GCUGUCGCCUUGUUCCGGCCUCUUUCCUUCCGCCGCGGGGACUUGCCCCGCUCUCGCGAGAUCUGGGCCUCUUCCUCAGCCGGCGCUCAACCAGGAGAAGCCAUGUUCAGCUCGAGCGCCAAGAUCGUGAAGCCCAACGGCGAAAAGCCGGAUGAGUUCGAGUCGGGGAUCUCCCAGGCGCUCCUGGAGCUGGAGAUGAACUCGGACCUCAAGGCUCAACUAAGGGAGCUGAACAUCACGGCUGCCAAGGAAAUCGAAGUUGGCGGUGGCCGGAAAGCUAUCAUCAUCUUUGUUCCCGUUCCUCAACUAAAAUCCUUCCAGAAAAUUCAAGUCCGGCUAGUUCGUGAGCUGGAGAAAAAGUUCAGUGGGAAGCACGUUGUCUUUAUUGCUCAGAGGAGGAUUUUGCCUAAGCCAACUCGGAAAAGCCGUACGAAAAAUAAGCAAAAGCGCCCUAGGAGCCGCACUCUGACAGCCGUGCACGACGCGAUCCUUGAAGACUUAGUCUUCCCAAGUGAAAUCGUGGGCAAGAGAAUCCGUGUGAAGCUGGAUGGCAGCCGGCUCAUAAAGGUCCAUCUGGACAAAGCACAGCAGAAUAACGUGGAGCACAAGGUGGAAACUUUCUCUGGUGUGUAUAAGAAGCUCACAGGCAAGGAUGUUAAUUUUGAGUUCCCAGAGUUCCAGUUGUAAACAAAAAUGACUAAAUAAAAGAUGCUUCACGGUA